UGAAAGUUGAAAGACAUAAAUGUGAGUUAUAAUUGAGUAACAGAGCACACAUGAAACAAGAACAAAGUUGAUUGUAUAAAAGAGGAGUGCUGGGUAUUUUAGUAGGUGUUCAGGUGCAAGAAAACAUGCUAUCAUAUGACCUGAGGUACAUAAAGAAGAUGGCAUGACUCUACAGAAGCACACAAACUAGUAACACAGUGAACCCCACGCAACGCAUUUGUCUUCAACAGGCCAUUUUACUUUCCCCGCUCCACGCGCUUUUAUCUUGGUUUUCUUUCUUCAGCAGUCCACGCUGCAGUUCUGUAGUUCGGGACACAUUCCAAAUGUCGCCUCUCAUACCAGGCCGUCCCUGCUGCCAGAUUGGUUUUCACACAGUCCCGGGGCCCCUCCCUGCUACCACGGCGAUGCAGCUGUCACCUGUCAGUUUCGUGGUGGGGAUGCGCGUCGGCCUGUUGUGGCUCAGAAUAGAAUUGUGGGAGAGUUUUCAUUGGAAGUGGGGAGAGCACAACACCAAGCCUCCGAGCGGAUGAACAGUUGACUGGGGGAAAAAAAUCUCAACUGUAUGGGAAUGUGGCAUUUGUGUGCUCGGAUGUUACAUGGUGCUGUUCAUGGAAGUGACUGACUGCUUCUACAGAGAGAGACUCUGUUUCAGAUUGUAUUGAAUGGAUGACCAGGACAGAGUAAGCCAAACAUCCAGUGUGGCCACCAUUUCCUACUUUCCUGUCAUAAAGGAAAGUGAUGGAAAGGUGCAAACAUUUGGGAAAAGAUGUCUGGCUGCCAAGAGAGACCCCAAUUGUCCUGUAGUCAUCAGAGGAUGGCUCAACAAAAAAGACAGUUCUGGUUUGAAGCUUUGGAAGAGAAGGUGGUUUGUCCUCUCCAACUUCUGUCUGUUUUACUAUAAAGACAGUAGAGAAGAAUCUGUGCUGGGCAGCAUCCCACUCCCGAGCUACAGAAUCCUGUUCUGCACACCACGAGAAUGCAAGAACAGAAAGUUCACCUUCAAGGUGGUGCACCAGGGAAUGCGCUCUUAUUUCUUCAGUGCUGACACUCAGGAGGACAUGUUGGGUUGGGUCCGAGCCCUCAGUCAGUCUGCUGCAAUGGAGCCAAACUGCUCCCUGAACAGGCGUUGCUCGAGUUAUCAGGAUUUCAUACAGAUAGGUGGCAGCAGUGAGUCAGUGGACUUCCCUAAAACCCCCUCUGAUGGAGAGGGUCCCUCCCAAAGACACAUACACGUCAGCAGGACUCUGAGCGAACCGAAUCAUUACACUGGCGGGAGGACUGAAACUUCGCGCUCAGAUCCGAGGGGGAGGCGGAGUGUGCGUCACAGAAACAGCAGAACACCCAGCCCUCUUGAUUUUAGCAGAAGAAGAGCUUUUGGUCCACACCAAGAGGAAGGCUCUCUGCCUGGCCGUAACACACCACCCAUGCAGACAGAAAUGAUGGGAACGGGUUCUUUGACCUCAAGAGGUCACCUGGGGUCACGACCUCACACACCAGUGGGAAGGGUAGACAUUCGACCUCACGAUGACUCGGACAUGGUGCCACAAACCCUGUACUACGCACCUGCCUCACCUAAGCUGGAGUUCAAAUCCACCCCAAAUACUCCAGUCACGGAGAGGCGGCAAAACCUAUGCAAGCCUACACCUACCUAUGGGUCUGUCCAUCAUAUAUCGAGUGGGAAACGACAUUUAGGAAAGGGCUUCUCCACAGGGGCACAUGCAGAUUUACUGCCCCCUUUGCCCCCAUCAGCGAGAGCUGCACAUGCUCCCCAACACCCACACCACCACCAUCACCAUCAUCAUCACCAUCACCGCAGCAAUGUAUCUGUUUGUGUGCUACCGCCAGCCAUGGCACCAAAGCCUGACCUGAGGGAAGCCCCGCCAAUCAGGCCUCUUGAAAGCGAUGCAGACGUUGUGUUGACGAGGUUAUGUGGGUGUGACAAGUUGCUCCAGACUCUUUCUGUGGAACUGGCCCAGCUACAAAUGGAUAAGGACAGCGUCCAGUGUGCAUUAGAGGUGUCCAGACUUCAGCUGGAGGAGUGGAAAAGCCUGGGGCCCAGGGCCCAGGAAGAAGCCCUGACCCAGAAGGCUUUGCUCCAGGAAGAGCUGGUCACAAUCCGGGCUAGAAUGUGUGAUGUAUCGUUGGAAAUGGAGCGGGUGUGGAGUCAAUAUGAGAGGAUGGAGAGUGAACUGUCGGUUAUCCGUUCACACCUUCAGCACAUCUGUAACUUUGGAGUACCACAGGACCAGUCUCAGGCCCAGAGAGAGCUUUGGAUGAUGGAGGACAUCCUAGCUGGACUAAAGAUCAACAGGGAUCACUUCCGCUUCUUGCUGGGACUACAGAGGCACCAGACGUUCCAGCCGACAUCUCCACAUCCUGGAUCCCCUGGAUCUCCCACUGAGAGAAUGCAGAGUGGACUCCCAAUGGAUGCGGAACAAGAGCCACCACUCCGCCCACCAUUACCGCAGGAGCUACAGGAAAGCUUCCACAGCAGGGAUCAGGGCCACACUGUUGAUCCUGUACAGAGAAAAGGAAACAGCCAGCCUGACCUGCUUAGUGUGAAAGCACCAAAAGACACAUUCGAAUCUGGUUCAAAGUGGAUCCCACCAGAUACAAUGAAUCAAUCAACCAAGAAGCUGAAGAUGAGUGAAGAAGAGCAGAUUGAGCGGAUGAAGAGGAAUCAGGAGAGGUUAACUAAUAAAAAGAAACCCCCCAUACCCACUCCAGGUCAAAGUUCAGAGACAAGAGAGGAGGCCCCGUUUCCUCUAAGAGUGACACGAGUUGUUACAGCUGUACUGCCAUCCUCUAUUGUGGCCAGACGAGUUUCUGUUGAGGCCCCCCCGCCUGAACUCGACAACCCAUUGUCCGAGCAGAUAUCACCUGAGAUGCACCAAAGAUUGUCAGGGCAAAAGGUGUUGAACAAGCAACCCUGGGGUCUGUUGCUGGAAGGUCCUGAUCAAAACCAGUCCUCAGCAGAGAUGCACCAGGAUGAGCCUUUUAUAAGGACAAACAGGCAGCAGCACCACGGAAUAUUGAGGACUUCCAAGAAGGAGAAACGUUCAGAAGCGAACAGAGCCGAGCCAACAGAGACCUCGAGGAAUCAAGUUCAAGACCAAGCAGGUGUAGGACAUGGGAGUGAGAGCUUGGACGUCAGGGCAGAUGAACGGCAAUCUGCCCUCCUGACCCCUGACAUGGACCCUAACCUCUGUCUGACCCCUGAGCAGCGAGAGGCCAAACUUCGUCGUGUGGAACGAAUACGGGAGAGAGUCAUAAGAAGUGCAGUCAGACAAAGAGCUACUACACUCGAUCAACUACCAAUCAGGGGGGAGGGGCCGGACGUUCAUCAGGUGCCCCCUGACACAGCUAGAAAACAAAGGAUGAAAUCAGACCAUCAAUUCUAUGGAAGCUGUGAUCACAUCAGAGCUGCAGAACUUCAGCUUUGUAGUGGAACAUCUCAGGAUGAACAUGAAAGAGACCGCCAUCUGAAAAAAUCUAAAAGUCAAGUCAAAUUUGGGGACAAAACACAACACAAAGAUCACAGUGUAAGAACAGGGGUUGCCAAAAAUAAAAUAAAACGUCCAGCUUCACCCUAUCACAUCUCCUCUAUGACUAUCUAUCAGAAAGAUGGAGGCAAGGGAUUUACAAGUCGCAAGGAUGUAGAGGAGCAAAAGCUUGAAGAACCUGCCACUGAUGACAAUGAAAGUGAUUUUUCUUCCUCCGAUCUGAGAGCCAAGUGGUUCCUCUCCACCAACCAGUGGCAAGGGUUCGUACCUUUGCAGAUCCCUGGCAUAGACUCGUGCCAUGAGGAGGUAUCAGACAUCGAGAACCAACCAGCAUGCACCGACGACGUGACUGAUUCCAAUGAAAUGUCAUCCGCAGUCAGCGAAAGCUUAGAGAAAAUGAAAGAGAACCAUUCCCUCUUCUAUAAGAUUACAUGUGACAUUACUAUUUCAGACACAGAUAUUACAACGAAUGAUGGAAAUUCAAAUGCCCAAACGUCAUGCAGGCCAGAUGAAGAAGACCUGCAUAUCACUGAAUCUGUGACGGAUGAAGCAACCCAUAAUGUUGGGAGAUCUGCUAACCAAGAGAGCAAGGAUUCUAGCCUGCAUUUGCCAUCAGACUUUAAUGAAAAUAUUCACUCAAUUAAUAAUGUACUCAAGGAUUCAACCAAGGACAAAGCAGUGUUAAAUACCUCAGCCAGUCCCACAAAGGAGGCGUGUGUUCAUAAAUAUGUCCCUCAAAAAGAAUGUGAAGACACCUCAAGGCAAGACAGACAGUUGGAAGUUAGAGAAACUGUCCAAGGAGCGUCUGUUCAGGACAAUGCCUCUGAUCAGGCCCUGGAUGAUGAAUAUGUAAAGUCAAGAGAAGAACAACGUUUGGCGAAGGUGUCAGAGGACGGGAAGGUGGACCAAGAGAGCGCUGAAGAGCCGAGGAAAUGUCGUAGUUUCAGUGAGGGGAACAAAGAGACAGCCCAAGAAGGAGGCAACAACCACUCCAUCGCUCCAUCCAGCUCUCUUUAUGAGGGCGUAAGUGUGACUCGGAGUUCCUCUUUUGGGAAGGCACGAGUUACAGUACUAAGGACAAGUUUGUAGAGGCAAGAACAGCGAAGGCUUAACGAGCUUAAAUGAUUGAACUUGGAAAGGACAAGAACACAGUUAAGUGAUUUUUUUGGUAACGGAAAAGGACUGAAGAAGAGGACUUUAAGUGAUUGAAGGAAUCUGCACAUAAUUUUGGAUUAUAAAUGGUAAAAUGGGAACAUACAAUGUCAGAAAUAGUCCUAUGAUUUGGUAAACUUGAACAUUUCCAUUAUUCAUCAUACUAGGUUUGAAACAGAUUAUAGUUAUAAUAGAAAGUCUUACAAAUAUUUCAUGAAAACAAAAGCUAUGUAUUAAAAUAUUGGUCUUGCAGGUUGUUGUUUUUUGGUGAUAAACACCAAAUACCUUAUGUCCAGUCGAAAACAUGCCCAGUGUUAUUUCAUUCCUCUCAAAACAUACAUCUAACACGACACAGAAAUUAUAGAUGAUCGCUGCUUGUGGAUUGCAACAUAACCCUGUUAUUGUCACUGUAACAAAAUGUGUUUUGUAUCUCAAAUAUCCUGAUUAAUAAACAUGCAGUGUGCUACAUCGGGACACCGACUCUUGCUUUGUAUGUGCAAGAAACUCUCAUUUCAUGUAUUCUUUUUUUUUCGGUCAAUGAAAGCCUCACCACCACCCCCAUCCCUAAAUGCUUAGGUGCUGCUCUCUGACAAACCCCGAUGCAGAAUUAAACAGAGACAGUAAAAAUGCCUUUGUCACUUUAAAUCCUUGCCGUGUCUCAGUCGAUGACAUCAUU